UUCUACGCAUGGUGAUACAAAUCUUCCUACCGAAACAACAUUGCGGGUAAAGUAUUUUAUAUUUGUUUAUGUAAUAUUGUCAUAAUUACGUAAUAAUAUUUAAACUUUUAAAAUGUUUGUAGAAAGGAGCUAAUUUCAAAUGGACUCCUAGCAGUCUUUAUCGAUUGCUUGAGUUAUAUGAUGAAGCUGUUAAAAUGAACAAUUACCGUAUAAAAGACCCUACAUCUUUUGCCAAACAGUUUAUGGUUGAAAAAUUUAACGAAGAGUUCGGUUUAGAUAUAAACUAUAAGUUUUUCAAAGAAAAACUCGAUACCUUGAAAAAGAAGUACAAGAAGUAUCGAGAGCUUCUAACUUCAACUGGUAUCUCGGUUGAUCCUAUUACUUCUGAGAUUGAUGCAUCUGACUCAUGGUGGAAAGAUCGUGAAGCAAGCACUGAUUUUUUAUACUGAAAAUUUAUUUACCAUAUAUAAGUAUAAAAUAUUUUAAAAUAUUCAUUUUUUAUUUAUUUUAAUAGGCAUGUAAGAUUGUACAUGCAUUUAGACGAAAACCGCCACACGGGUGGGAAAUCAUGGAACGUUGUUUCAAAUUAUACAAUGUCCAAUCACAAUCCCAAUAUUCUGUCAACCAAAGAAGAGAAGAAAUGAUGAAUCAAAGUGCCACUAAUAAUGAAGAUCAGUUGUACCAAGAAACCUUUGGUGGUGAAAUGUCAGACAAUGAAGAGCCAGAGAUGCAAGAAAACGAAGAAGUGUAUCGUGUUAAUAUAAAUGAUGACACACGUCCUUCCAAUGAGUUCACUCGUACCCAUCUGCGUCAUAGUUCUGCAGCGGGUGAUCCGAUUCAAACUCCUGGUUCAAGAGUUCAACAACAAGGCAGAGGAAGACGAGGAAGUUCUUCACAAAGAUCAUCGAUACCUUCACGAGUUAUACAUGGAAGUGGUUCAAGAGGAAGUAAAAAAAGACAGUCAUUUGUGACCACCCUCACAGAUACAAUGACUGGAUUUAGGGAGUUUCAACGUCAAAGUUUACAACAACUACGCCAAAAUCCGUUUGACCAAGACGACUAUGACAAUUUUGAUGCGGCUGUGAAGAUAUUUGAAUCGAUGGAGCUACCGAAUGACACAAAAUUCUAUUGGGCGUGCAUUAACGAAUUUAAAGAAGAUGCAUUCUGGCGAAAGUAUUUUAUUGAUAGAGCUGAAAGUACUUUCGAAGAGAAGAUACAAUUUCUACAAGCAUUAACUGGAUAUACGCGUGAUGAUGAUUUUGUGGGCAAGCGAUUAAGCUCAUGUAAACCAUUUGGGAGUCCAAGUUCAAGUGGUUUUCAUUCAGGUAGUCCAUCUUCUGGUGGUAAUAAUUCUUGGGGGAAAACUUCAGCUGGCCAAUGGGGUCAACAUCCACAUGCUCAACAAUGGGGUACACCACCAGGUGCACAGCAAUGGGGCACACCACCAGGUUCUCAGCAAUGGGGCACGCCACCAGGUGCACAACAUUGGGGCACACCACCAACUGCUCAGCAAUGGGGUACACCCCCUAAUGCUCCGCAAUGGAGUACACAACAAAAUUCUCAGCAAUGGGGAGCAUAUCAGAAUACACAACAAUGGAGGAGUUCAUCACCGGUGGCUCCAAAUUGGGAUUCAUCAUCUAAUCAUUCACAGUGGGGUUCAUCGCCAAAUACUUCACAUUGGCCUUCUUCGACGAAUGUUCAACAUGGAUUUCCGCUUGAAACGCAAACUAGAAGUACAACAAAUCCUCAGCAAGGAUCAUCAAGAAGGGAAAUACCAGAAACACGUAAAACUGGAGGAUUAUUUAACAUAUGGGGAACCCAACAAGGACCUAAUUUAAAUGAAACUCAUCAAAGCGAUGAUGAUUACGCUUAGUUAGUAGAUUGAAUGCUUUUAUAAUAAUGAUGAUGUUUGGUGUUUGAUUUAAGUUGUUUUUAAUAUUUGUUACUUUUAUUAUGUGUAAUACGAUCAUUUUUCUUAUUUUUAAUCAAUCUAAUACCUUUUAAAAAAAAAUUUGUCAAAAUAUAGGCUUUUCGCAUAUGUCAACUACGAGCACAAAAAAUUCAAUUUUUAAGUUAUGAAGAGAGAAUUGAGUUAUGAAAUUUGGAGAGCGCACAAUUU